GCACUGUGUCACCCACGGCUGGGACAUGACCACAGUGGAGCAAAAGACCACACUGGAGCAGAAAAGUGAUGUGAAUGAGUGUGCGGACACUACCACGUGCCCAGCUUAUGCAACCUGCACCAACACCGUGGGGAGUUACUACUGCACUUGCAAACAAGGCUUCCUGUCCAGCAAUGGACAAAAACAAUUCAGGGGCCCAGGAGUGGAAUGUGAAGACAUUGACGAGUGUGUUGACAUGUGCCCCUUACGUUCCGACUGCACCAACACUCCCGGGAGCUACUCUUGCACCUGCCACCCUGGCUUUGCACCAAGCCAUGGUCAACGGCACUUCAGAGGCCAGGGAGUGGAGUGCAGGGAUGUUGACGAAUGCUCCCAGGACCCACCACCGUGUGGCCCCAAUGCAGUCUGCACCAACACCCCAGGCUCCUACAGCUGCCGCUGCACCGCGGGCUUUCGUCCCCACCACGAAGGUUCCCAGACGCAAGCCAACUUCACCUGCCAACGGAUUCUCUUCAAAUGUAAGGAAGACAUGAUACCCCAUAACAAGCAGGCCCAGCAGUGCCAAGCAGGGGCUCCCGUGGAGCUGGAGUAUCUCCCCUUUUGUGCCCUGAUGAACGACACCUUCCACGUGCUGGACAAAACCUGUGAGAACAAAUCCGCGGUGUCCCUGCAGGUGCACUCUGGUGGUGGGGGUGUCAGCUCUUCCUCCUCCAGGCUGCUGUCUGAGGUUCCUUCUGAUAUCGAGAGCAAAGUUAUCAAGGAGGACUGCCUUGAGGAGAAUGGCUUUUCUCUGAAAGCCAAAGGGGAUGGGAUGAAGAUCAGUUGCUCCAUGAUUAAGGAAUCCAGAUCCUCAGGAUCCACGGGGGUGGCUUUUGUCUCCUUUGCAAACAUGGAGUCCGUCUUAGAUGAGCGCUUCUUCCGGGGCCCUCAGAGCCCCAGGGCCAACGUCGAGCUGAGGCUGAGGAUGAAUUCUCGCGUCGUUGGGGGCAUCACAACCGGGGAGAAGAAGGACAACCUCUCGGAACCUGUCCUCUACGUCCUGGAGAACCUUCAGCCGAAGCAGAAGUCCGAGAGGCCCAUCUGCGUGUCCUGGAGCUCAGACGUGGGGGACGGUGGGUGGACGCCGGCCGGCUGUGAGGUCCUGAAAGUUCUGGAGACGCACACAGUCUGCAGCUGUAACCGGCUGGCCAACUUGGCCAUCAUCAUGGCUCUUGAGGAGCUCCCGGUGGCGGUCUCCUUGGAAAUCAUUAGCCUCGUGGGCCUGAGCCUCUCCCUGGUGUGCCUUGUCCUGGCCAUUGCCACCUUCCUGCUGUGCCGCGCCAUUCGCAGCCGCAACACCUCCCUUCACCUGCACCUCUGCGUGUGUCUCUUUCUGGCCAAGAUUCUCUUCCUCACCGGUGUGGACAAGACGGACAACCAGACGGGCUGUGCCAUCAUUGCCGGGUGCCUCCACUACCUUUUCCUGGCCUGCUUCUCCUGGACGCUGGUGGAGGCCGUGACCCUCUUCCUGAUGGUCAGAAACCUGAAGGUGGUGAACUACUUCAGCUCCCACAACAUCAGCAUGCUGUACCUCUGUGCCUUUGGCUACGGGUUCCCAGGGCUGGUGGUGGCCAUCUCUGCCAGCAUGUACCUCCAGGGCUAUGGGACACAUAACCGCUGCUGGCUCAGCACUGCUAGAGGCUUCAUCUGGAGCUUUCUGGGGCCGGUGUCCGUGAUCAUACUGAUCAACUUCGUCCUCCUCACCUGGACGCUGUGCAUCCUGAGGCAGAAGCUUUCCAGCGUCAACGCUGAGGUCUCCAAGCUCAGAGACACCAGGUUGCUGACCUUCAAAGCAUUUGCCCAGUUCUUCAUCCUGGGCUGCCCCUGGGUGCUGGGCUUCUUCCAGAUUGGACAGAUGGCGAGCAUCAUGGCGUACCUGUUCACCAUCAUCAACAGCCUGCAGGGGAUGUUCAUCUUCGUCAUCCACUGUCUGCUCAGCCGCCAGGUACGAGAAGAGUACAGGAGGUGGCUCACCAGGAAGACCAAGCCCAGCUCCCAGUCCCAGACCUCGGGCAUCCUGCUGUCCUCCAUGCCGUCCUCGUCCAAGACGGGUUAAAGUGCUUUCCUGCUUUCUCAUACACUAUCCUGGAACAGCCUUCGAGAAUUUUAAGUGCCUGCAGGAGCCUGGUCCGAUUUCCCUUCUCUGCCUGCUAUGGAGAUGCACGAUCCCACCAGCUCUGAACUCUCGGGAUGGGUGGGGACGGGGGUCUCAUGCACUGGUGAGGAUCAAGAGUUUCUGCUGCAAAUUACUGUUUAUCCUCUGUAGCUUGCAAACUCCCUGUAUUUCCAGAGUUGUUGGAAAUGAUCGCAGUGCAAGGUAGGACUGAGGACAGGUGGCUACAUUGUUUUUCUCCUGCGUUGGUUGGUUCAGGGGUCUGAGUGUGGCCUCUGCACAUGUCACAUGCCUGGCAUAGAGCAGGUUUCAGGAAGUGACUGGUUGUCUGAGUGAGUUACCAUGAGACACAUGCUCUCCCUGCUUUUAAAGAAAUGAUCAAUAAAACCUGGUGGGAGUUCCACAGUACACAGGCAGGGGCUUCUUUCACACAGAAUUCGACUGGUGAGUGGGAGCCUUCGAUGGAACAGAGUCCAGUGUUUCUUGGAGAGAAGCACUUGGUACAACACCUUUUGGCAAACGCCUUGGUUUCCAGGGUGUCCAGGGAAGUUUCUGGCGGAAACUUCCCUGUGACUUGGGUAGGGUUCUUCGCUCAGAAAGUUAUCAGCACCUGUUCAUCAAAUCUUGGGUGCUGAGGGGAGAGAAGAGGGGUGAGAAUUUAAAUGGUAGAUAAGCUCCCUUCAGUGGGCACUCGAAAACCUCCCUAUGCAGUGUGUGGUCCACGGAGCAGCAACACCACAUCACUCGAGAGCUUGCUGGCAAAACGAGCCCCGCAUCAGGCCACACCCCGGACCUACAGCUCAGAGCCUGAAUUUUAACGUGACCCAGGAGGCGUGGAGGCACUUGGGCAUCUGAGGGUGUAUCCUGGAAGCCGGAAGGAAAGCCUUCUCCUCUUGAAUCUAAGUCUUUGCACCUGGCUUCUCUUCCUUGGAAAUCUUCCCUCAAAAUUGCUGAUUUCUACCUUCCCUGAGACUUGGUUUAAUCACACUUCUAGUAGGAAGAGUUCUUUGCAUUGGCUGGGGUAGGAUGCGGUAUCAUCUUUGAACGACCCCAUGAACCUCAUGUUUUGUCACCCCGUAUUGUACUUUCUCCUUUAUUGGGUGUGUCCAACUUAAAAUGUGUCUCCAGCAGGAUGGAUAUUUGCACGUACUAGAUUCUUAAUAAAGCUGUUGGAUGACUGACUGAA